UUGCUCUGAUGUUGGCAAAGGGGGUUUUCUUAAUCAGACUGUUUUUUGGUCCCAGGGAAAGGAGGAAGAAGGAGAUUGUGAUGGAGAAAGGGGGUCUGUAAAACGUCAGGCGCGGCACAAAGGCUUUGCCACGUAAUUACAGGCUCCUAUUAAGUGGAGAUCUGCCCUCCCAGGGGUCUCCAAUUUUCUUGUAUUCCCUACAAAGCCUCCUCUACAUGCCAGUUUGUGCCUUUUGAAGUGCCAGAGAGCUUCUUGAUCCGACUGAGAAGGAAGAGAGAGAGCUCUGCGAGAAGAGGGGGAGAGAGAAGGGAAAGGGGGGACCCACCACCGCCCUUCUACGGACUCUGGAAGCCCUACUUUUAAUUUUUUAUUAUUAUUUCUUUUUCGCUCCUCAAGAAAAGUAAAGUGAGAACCCUGCUCUCUAAUACAUCUGCAAGACAUCACCGUCUCCUCCUGAAACCUUAGUCACUCCUGAGAAUCCACAGGAGUGCAGAGAGGGGGAACGCGCUUUCUUGAAGAUGUUUUAAAGCUGGAACAAGCCUUCUUCUGUUGGUGCUUGAACUCUUGCCGGGAUAACUUUUUUUAACCUCCUUUUUUCAAAAACCCACUUUGAUUCUUCUCCCCACCUCUUCUUUCUCCUUUCUGUUUGCCUUACUCCCCCGCCUGCUGGCCUCCCUUUCCUCUCUCCCCUUUAUUAUUAUUUUUAGCGUGUGCGUGUGGACGCUUUUGGAGAGUUGGAAGGGCUUUUUCCCCCUCCUGAUUUAAAAGCAGGGUAACUUUUUAAAAUUUUACUUUUUGGUGUGGAUUAUCUCUUUGGACCGCGCGGGACUUGGCUUCAGGAAAGCAACCAAGGCCGCCCAAAAGUUGCUGGUGCCCAACGCCCUGUGCUGCAGAAGGGGGUCCCCCCCGCCCUGUGUUCCACCUCUCUCUCUCUCUCUCUCUCUCUCUCUCUCUCUCUCUCUCUCUUUCUCUCUACUCCCCCCUCAUUCUUCCCCACUCGGCUCGUCUCCCCCCUCGCGCCCACAGCGUUUGGUGUUGAUUCGAGCGGGAAGAGGGGGGUGGGUGGGAUUGGAGGGGGACACCAUGACCUCCAGCUACGGGCACGUUCUGGAGCGGCAACCGGCGCUGGGCGGCCGCUUGGACAGCCCAGGCAACCUCGACACCCUGCAGGCCAAAAAGAACUUCUCCGUCAGUCACCUGCUAGACCUGGAGGAAGCCGGGGACAUGGUGGCCGCGCAGGCAGACGAAAGUGUGGGCGAGGCGGGCCGGAGCCUCCUGGAGUCGCCGGGACUCACCAGCGGCAGCGACACCCCGCAGCAGGACAAUGAUCAGUUGAACUCAGAGGAAAAGAAGAAGAGAAAGCAGCGGAGGAACAGGACCACCUUCAAUAGUAGCCAGCUGCAGGCUUUGGAGCGUGUCUUUGAGCGGACACACUACCCUGAUGCUUUUGUGCGAGAAGACCUCGCUCGUCGGGUGAACCUCACCGAGGCCAGAGUGCAGGUGUGGUUUCAGAACCGAAGAGCCAAGUUCCGUAGGAAUGAGAGAGCCAUGCUGGCCAAUAAAAAUGCUUCCCUCCUCAAGUCCUACUCAGGAGACGUGACUGCUGUGGAGCAGCCCAUCGUACCUCGCCCUGCUCCCAGACCCACCGAUUAUCUGUCCUGGGGGACAGCCUCUCCGUACAGAUCCUCGUCCCUCCCAAGAUGUUGUUUACACGAGGGGCUUCAUAACGGAUUCUAACGGAAGACACUGAAAAGCGCCAUGGCUACUUAUUCUGCCACAUGUGCCAACAAUAGCCCUGCACAGGGCAUCAACAUGGCCAACAGCAUUGCCAACCUGAGACUGAAGGCCAAGGAAUAUAGUUUACAGAGGAACCAAGUGCCAACAGUCAACUGAGGAAAAAAAUAAUUAAACAGGCCUAAGAAGAAAUCAAAAACCAUAAGACACCUGUCCUGCUCUGUCAUUUCUUCAUCUGCUGGAAAAAUAAAAGCAAACAAACAAAAAACAGAACUAAAAUAUUGGGACUAUGGCAGAGGAAAGCAGGAGAGGAGCAAAAUGAAAAUUAGUUAACAAACGUUCCUUCUCCCUCUGGGAUGCCAACACCAUUUGUUUCUGUGUGUGUUUAUUUUGUUUUUCUUCUAUUCAUGCUUUGCUAAUUAUACUCCAUGCUUCUUCGGCUAGGUUCAGCCCACCCACUCCCAUAAUUG